AUGUUGGGCCUCAGGGGUGUGCCAAUUGGCCUAGUCAAGAGUACUGGUCGUCAAUUGUUUUCUAGAAACCAGAGACUUAUUUCUAAUACCCUCGUUCUCUCGAGAUUAAACUCCAGCCUUACUCAACACGAGAAAGUUGUAGCAUUUAGCACAGAGCAGCUGAAAGAGGCACGCGAAACAAGAUUAAAAGGACUGGGACCGUAUGUGUCAAAACUUCCAGCUAAACUAAUACCUUAUGCGGAGCUGAUGCGUUUAGAAAAACCAGUUGGAACUUGGUUGUUAUAUAUUCCAUGCACAUGGUCUAUCACAAUGGCAGCUACGCAAACUAUGGCACCAGUAUCAUCAACCCUAUGGACCCUCUUUUUGUUUGGAGCAGGUGCAUUGAUCAUGAGAGGAGCAGGCUGCACAAUUAACGACCUGUUGGAUCGUAACCUCGAUAAUAAGGUGAUCAGAUCUGUGGAGAGGCCAAUUGCUUCCGGUAGAAUCACACCAGGAAAAGCUGUCGCUUUCUUAGGUGCUCAAACAGCUGCUGGGAUGGGCAUCCUGUCUCAAUUGCCGGCUGAAUGCUGGUGGUUGGGACUUUCGUCAUUGCCGCUAGUGUUCACUUAUCCACUGUUCAAAAGAUUUACGUACUAUCCGCAAGUAGUACUGAGUGCUUGCUUCACAUGGGGUGCUUUAUUGGGAUUUCCCGCGAUGGGUGUGAUAGAUUGGUCCGUGAUGAUCCCAUUGUACACUAGUAGUUUCCUGUGGUGUAUGACCUAUGACACCAUCUACGCUCAUCAGGACAAGAAAUUCGAUAUUAAGGCAGGUAUAAAAUCUACUGCUCUUGCAUGGGGUGACAAGAGUCGCAAAAUCUGCACAUUGAUGUCUGUAGCACAAAUGGGAGCACUGGGAACCGCGGGCAUCACUAGCGGAUUGUUCAUGGGGCCUGGUUUCUUGGCAGGGAUGGCAAUAUUUGGAUAUAGACUGUUUUCCAUGGUGCGCACAGUGGAUCUCGAUAAUCCAGCAGAUUGCUGGAAACAUUUUACCAGUAACAUCCGCUCGGGACUCAUAUUUAGCGGUGCGUUGUUAGUCGAUUACUUCCUCGCAAUCAUGGGAUUAUUGUAA